AUGCCUGCAUUACGCAGGUGUUUCUUGUGGUUUGUGGCGCUCUUGCUUGUGGAGCAGCAGAAUGUGUACUCAUCAGGGGCAUCAAGAAAAAAGGCCGCCGACGGGAAUGCGGAAUUGGAAACUGCCGGAGGACUAGCAGGCGAUACGAUGGCUAAAUUGCAUGCAGAACUGGUUGCCCAGCAUGAAAUGAUGGAUUCCCAGUUGGCGACGGUACUCCUUACAAAGAAUCGACGCCACGUAAUUGCUUUCACUGUGCUUUUCUUAAUCUUAAUAAGGGCAAUUGUACUUCGCAGGGAGCGAGAGCGCAAAAGGAAGGUUGAAGAAGAAGUUAGACCUCCCCGAGAGGAACCCCAAGCGAAAGAGGAAGAAGGAAAAGAAGAGGCAGAAGAAGAGGAAGAAAAGUCUGUUCCAGAAGAGGAGCCUUCACCGGAACAGGUAGUUUUGCAGCCAGACGAACCUGCGAAAGAAGUACCUCUGCCACAAGUUCCUACGCAGGUUCCCGUGCCGAGACCGAGGCGUAAACCAAAAGCGGAAGUUCCACCUGAAAAACAACCAGAGGAACGUGGUGCCGAUGGACAGCCAGAGGAAUUCGUGCAGCGGCCGGUAACUCGUGCAAGGAAGACUCGGAGGGAAGUUGUCCGGAAGGAGAUGCCUCCUCCCGAGGCCCCUACCCAGGUGCAGCCCGGUAUUGAAGAGCAAGUGGAAGAAGAAGAACCUUUCCAACAACCGACUCAGCCACAACUUGUAGAACCUACACCAAUACCACCUACCUUGCCACUGCCUCCAGAACAACCAAUGCCAGGUCCAGCGCCUGGCGUGCCAGAAGUAGCGUAUGUGGAACCUCCUGUCCCUCCAGCAGUCGUCAUGGUGCCGCCCUACGAAAUCCUAGAACCCACACCUGUCCCGGGGUUCCCGGAAGAUGGGGAAUUGGAGACGUUGAGGGCUCGGCGGAGCCUCGUUAGCAGUCUGGUGGACGUUGCGACAAGGCUGGUAGAUGAAUUGCCGGGAGAACAGGCACGAUCAGUUCUCGAUGCAUUGAAGAUAAAAGCGGCCGCAGCUGAAAGUGCAGAAAGGGAUUACGAUUUUUCAAGAUCCCGCAGAGACCCAAACCUUCCAGGCAUUCGAAAUAUGGUCAUUCGUACAAUCAAUUCAUCCAUUGAAGGCUCUCACAAUGAUCUAUUGCAGUUGGCAGGUCUGGCAAAGUCGUUCGGUGAGCAAGUGUAUGCGCACUGCUCUGAGAGCCUUUUUUUUACGAAUGUCGAGCGUUUGCGGAAGCCCCUGGCGAAGUGCUGGGAUAUCGCACCGGCUAAGGCCUCUUUAGAUACUCUGGCUUUUCUGGGAGAUGUCUCUAUAACUCUGAAACAGGAAAAUGAGGACCAGCUUAGGAUACUGAGGUCAGCACAAUUCAUAGACGAGUACGAACCACGUGGUUUCGUCGACAUUUACGCAGCCACUGCUGCUCUGAACUUCAGGAUGAAAAUGUUGGAGCGCUUCUCUGCACUGGACAAGGCAUUGAAAGGAGACAUUCUAGAGUUCCAAAAGAUUUGGAUGAAGGGGAUGCUUCAGCUCGACCGGAUCCCGCUCGAGGUGGAAGCAAAUUUGGUUCAGGAACUUAAUUUGCUAUUGUCAAAGAGUCGUCAAGCAACUGCUGGCCAUUCACCUUCUGGAAUAACUGACGCAGAUAUACAAUCCAUCAGAGAGAUGUUUGCUCAGCAACAUGCGGAUGUGCAAGCUCUGGAGACUGCGCAGGACUACGCGGGUGUUUCCGCUGCGUACGAACGCGCGAAUAUGUUCAACCAAAAGCUCAAUUACUUAUUGGAGGUGCAAAAGAACAGGUUGCAUACAACUCUGGAGCGUCAGCCGCUCACCAAGGAAGAGGCGAGCGCUGCGAAUGAGGCCAUGGCGAAAAUUGCUGAAACUGCCGUUGAAGACGGCGAAGAGUGCUGGCGUUACUUGCAGAUUGUGAAUUCAGAGAUUAGCGGAAAACAUGAAGAGACUCCCGGCGUAUCUGCCAGCAAGGCGUUGCUGCAAAUGCUAACAUCCAAGAAAAAGGCCGGCACUGCUGAGUCAGGAGAGGCUGGUAUAAACCCUGACAGCGCUGCCGCGACUGGUGUGAAGAAGUAUUUCUCCGAGCGAUGGCGCCACAUAGACACUACGGCGAGGGACCAUUGGAUGAAGGUGCAAGAUAUGCUCGAGAAGGCGAAGAAGGGAGCAAAGUACAAGCUCGAUAAGCAGGGAUUUGGAUCCACUGCACUGGAUGUGAAGACGAACCUGAGGGUGGAGAUAGCGAAGGCGAAAGCACAGGGAGCAGCUUCCUUGAUGUUACUGGGAUAUUUUAAGAGAUUAGCAAAGGAAUUUGAGUCGUAUGAUGAUACACUAAGGACUGUUUUCAUUUUUCCAUUCCACCUAGAAGCACCGGAGUGGAGUCAGAUAGGAAUUCUGAAGGAGAAGUAUGACUCUGAAAAGGCACUGGCCAGGGACAGUCAAAGCUCUGCCGCGGUACCUGGACAUGCAGACACAAUUUUACAGUUAUGCCUGAAAAUCUGGACUCUGCUUGAAUCAGCGAGGUCUUCCCAGCUUAAACAGGCAAUGGACAAGGCGCUCGCUGAUCUUCAUGGUGCAGCGCAGGGUUAG